ACGACGUUGCCCUUGCACAUCCUGGCUAAGGUUCUCACUGUGUAUUGUGGUGUUUGUUAAACGAGUUUUUAAAUAAUAUAGAAGUGAUACUGCAAUUUUUCAACUCUUUCCACAGGGGGCUAUCAAGAAUAUUUUAUUUUCGCUAUCUUACUGUCACUGUCACUCUUGGAAGAGGUAGUACAGUUAGUAGUUCAAAGGGGACCAUCACUCAGUUGGACACGCAUUUAUUUCACUUGACAUUUGAGGAAUCAAAAUUACAUAGAAGGCGAAAAUGGAGGGGUUUGAUGAUGCUGGGCUCUUUUUCUCGGACAACUUCGGUGAUGAUCAACCAAAUGCAGGACAAGUAAAUUUACAGGCUGUCAAAAAGAAAUUUAAAGAUUUUUUACGUCAGUUCCAUGAAGGAAAUUUCAACUACAAGUACAGAGAUGCUUUGAAGCGACAAUACAAUCUUGGUCAGUACUGGCUCGAGAUAAACAUUGAGGAUUUGGCAAGUUUUGAUGAAAAUCUUGCUGACAAACUGUACAAACAACCAACUGAACAUCUUCCAGUGUUUGAAGAAGCUGCCAGGGAGGUGGCGGAUGAGAUCACAGCACCAAGACCUGAAGGAGAAGAACAUGUAGAGGACAUUCAGAUUCUAUUGAGUUCUGAUGCUCUCCCUUCUUCCCUCCGCAAUGUCAAGUCUGAACAGGUUUCUCGGCUGGUUAAGAUUCCUGGAAUCAUCGUCUCUUCUUCAGGUAUACGAGCAAAAGCCACACAGAUUGCUAUACAGUGUCGUUCUUGUCGAAAUGUUAUUCCCAAUCUGCCUGUUAGACCAGGUCUGGAGGGAUAUAUACUACCAAGAAAAUGCAACACUGAGCAGGCUGGAAGACCCAAGUGUCCUUUGGAUCCAUACUUCAUUAUGCCAGACAAAUGCACUUGUGUUGAUUUUCAAGUUUUGAAACUUCAAGAGCUUAACGAUUCGAUCCCUCAAGGAGAAAUGCCCCGGCAUCUACAACUGUAUGCAGACCGAUACUUAUGUGAAAGAGUUGUUCCUGGAAAUCGUGUUGUUAUUCUUGGAGUAUUUUCCAUCAAAAAAGUUUCAAAAGCAAAGAGAGGUGGUGGAGGAGGCAAGGAGAGGUCCAUAGUAGGUGUCCGGGCACCGUACAUGCGUGUGGUGGGUAUCACAGUUGACGACGGAGGAGCUGGCAAAGCAACCUCUACACAAGUCUCCCCAGAGGAGGAAGAUCUAUUCCGCCGUCUUGCUGCCUCAGACAACAUCUACGAGAGGAUUGCCAAGUCUAUUGCCCCCAGUAUCUUUGGCUUUGUGGACAUUAAGAAAGCCAUCGCAUGUCUUCUCUUUGGAGGGUCACGCAAGCGGAUGCCGGAUGGUUUGACCCGUCGAGGGGACAUCAAUGCUCUUCUGUUGGGAGACCCUGGUACAGCCAAGUCUCAGCUGCUCAAGUUUGUAGAGAAGGUUUCUCCCAUCGGAGUGUACACCAGUGGCAAAGGGUCCUCAGCAGCAGGUCUUACAGCUUCUGUCACCAGAGAUCCGGCGACACGGAACUUUGUGAUGGAGGGAGGAGCGAUGGUACUGGCCGAUGGUGGAGUUGUUUGUAUUGAUGAAUUUGAUAAAAUGCGUGAAGAUGACAGAGUUGCAAUCCAUGAAGCCAUGGAACAACAAACUAUAUCUAUAGCAAAGGCUGGAAUAACAACUACAUUGAACUCAAGGUGUUCAGUGCUAGCAGCCGCCAACUCAGUUUUUGGACGUUGGGAUGACACCAAAGGCGAGGAAAACAUUGACUUCAUGCCAACCAUCUUGUCAAGAUUUGAUAUGAUCUUCAUUGUAAAAGAUGCACACGAUGAAGCAAGAGACACUACACUGGCCAAACACAUAAUGAAUGUUCAUAUGACAGCUGGGCAGGCUUCCGAAUCUACCACUGAAGGAGAACUCUCUCUCAACUUAAUAAAGAAAUAUAUAAACUACUGCAGGAGACGUUGUGGUCCGAGGCUCUCUGAGGCUGCAGGUGAGAAGUUGAAGAAUCGCUACGUCUUGAUGCGCAGUGGAACCCACGCAAUAGAGAUGGAGGGUGAGAAGCGUUUGUCCAUCCCCAUUACUGUUAGACAAUUGGAGGCUAUAAUUCGCAUUGCUGAAUCUUUGGCCAAGAUGCAGCUGCAAGCUUUCACCACAGAGACUCACAUUGACGAAGCUCUGAGGCUGUUUCAAGUGUCGACUCUUGAUGCUGCCAUGUCCGGUAGCUUAGCGGGGGCUGAAGGUUUCACUUCUGAGGAGGACCAAGAUGUAAUUUCAAGAAUAGAAAAACAACUCAAGAGAAGAUUUGCCAUAGGUUCCCAAGUGUCUGAACAUAACAUUGUGCAAGACUUUUUGAAGCAGAAAUACCCAGAACGUGCAAUUUACAAGGUGAUCCACACGAUGAUCCGCCGAGGUGAGUUGCAGCAUCGUAUGCAGCGUAAGAUGCUCUACAGACUGCAGUGAUCUACUGUUGUAGCUCUGAGACAAACGGAUACUCGGCGUGGCACUCCACUCUGUGAUCAAAAACGUUUUGUAACUAUUCUCGCUUUAUGUAUACAUUUUGAAAAUAAAUAUCCUGUUUUAUCGAAUUAGACAUAUAUUACUCUAG